CUCCCUAUGCGCGGCGCGGCGACGGAAGCGAGGCCGAACCCGCCAUUUUCCCUCUCCCGCCGCUUCUUCGGCCCCAAAUCUUAUCCUUUCGCUUCUUCGCCGCUGACCCACGACGUCUGCACUCGAAUUUCUCCAUUUUCUUCUUGAGCCAGCUCGUGCAACAAGACGCUCCCUUCCAAUCUCCAAUUCUUGGUUCUUGGUUUUCUCGCUUUCACCUGCAAUGCCGGGUCUGCAGCUGUUCUUGCCGAACGUACAGAUACAAUCCGAUAAUGGGUCUCGAGGCCCGUCGGAUGGAGACCCGGAUUCGAGCCCGGUCGUUUCGGCAAACGGGGGGUUGUUUCUGGACCCCGAUUUGCCUUCUUCGUUUGUUCGUUUGAUUUCGGUGGGUAGUAAUUGUAGCAUUGGGGCGCGUCGGCGAGAGAAUAGGGUUUCUCGCUGCGAGUUUUUGUCGGUGAGCUUGAGGGGAGGCGAUGGGAUUGUGGAGGAGCCUGGGGUGGCCUUGUCGCAGAGAAAUGGAGGCAAGAACUUGGGCUCCAAGGAGCUUGUGGCCUCGGAGAAUGUCGUUUCCGCCGCAAGGAAUAGGAGGAGAUUGACGGUGCGGGGGAGAGGCGGAGCUGCUGUGAACACCACUAAGCACUUGUGGGCCGGCGCUAUUGCGGCCAUGGUUUCGAGAACUUUUGUUGCUCCACUUGAAAGACUGAAGCUGGAGUAUAUAGUUCGUGGAGAACAGAAAAAUAUUGUUGAGCUCGUCAGGACAAUUGCAGCUUCACAAGGUUUACGUGGCUUUUGGAAGGGAAAUUUAGUCAACAUUCUCCGGACAGCUCCAUUUAAAGCUAUCAAUUUUUGUGCUUAUGAUACUUACAGAAAGCAAUUGCUUAGAUUUUCUGGAAAUGAUGAAACUACAAAUUUUGAGAGGUUUGUUGCUGGUGCUGCAGCUGGCAUCACUGCUACUGUCCUUUGCCUACCACUAGACACUAUUAGAACUAAGCUGGUGGCACCUGGUGGAGAAGCCUUGGGUGGCGUGAUUGGUGCUUUCCGUUACAUGGUUCAAACCGAAGGAUUCUUUUCCCUUUACAAGGGCUUGGUACCUUCCAUACUAAGCAUGGCUCCUUCAAGUGCAGUUUUCUACGGAGUAUAUGAUAUGUUGAAAUCAGCUUAUCUGCAUUCACCGGAGGGAAGAAGACGGAUCCAGAAUCUGAGAGAACAAGGGGAGGAACUGAAUGCUCUGGACCAGCUGGAGUUGGGGCCUAUAAGGACAUUGUUUUAUGGUGCUAUAUCUGGUGCCUGUGCUGAAGCAGCUACAUACCCAUUUGAAGUGGUUAGGAGACGGCUCCAAUUGCAAGUGCAGGCAACCAGAUUGAGUGCCAUUGCAACUUGUGCCCAGAUUAUCGAGCACGGAGGAGUUCCAGCUCUUUAUGCUGGACUUAUUCCCAGCUUGUUACAGGUGCUUCCCUCUGCUGCGAUUAGUUACUUUGUAUACGAAUUCAUGAAGAUUGUUCUGAAAGUGGAUUGAAUGGAACUCUACACCUUUGGCCGUCCGAUGAACCUGGCAUAUAAGCUGUACAAUGAAUCACCAGUGUUGGACUGCCUGAUUGGUGGGAGUUUGUCAGUUGAAUUGACAGAUUGUUUCGUCAAAACACUUAUCUGCUGUCGAAAGAGAGAUGGAAAAAAAAAAGAAAACACCUUAAUUCGUCAGCUGCCGUGAAGUUCUUCUAAUGUCUACAUACAAGAGUUGAUUUAGUCAAUGAGUUGCGAUUUACCAGUAGAAUGAAACAUUGGAUGGUCACAAUUGCUGACGGAAAAAGGAAAAAAGUAACAGGUUUCCUACCAGAUAGAGCUGUACUGGGGAAUAAUUGGGAGGCUUCUGUAUCUUCUUCAUGUUUUCAUUGGAAUGAUUCUUAGGCAGCGCUGUUGCUGUCCUGGGUUAUUUACCACUGGAGCAUGAAAGAGCUUUGUAGUUUGAGGUUUUUCUUCCAGAUUUUCUCUGAUGUUCAAAUUUUCAAGCCUACCCAAGAAGCUGAUAUCAGCUUCAAUCAUUCAUGCCACAC